AUGGCCGCCCCGGAGGUGUCGAGCUCGCUGAACCCGAGCCGCUUCGCCAUGGGCGCCGUCUUCGCCGGGGGCGGCGACGAGUCGACGUUCCUCGCGUUCCACCGGCUCGGCCAGUACUGCGCGUCCGCGACCGCGGACGGCGCGCUGAAGCUCAUCGACGCCGUCAACGGCUGCGUCAAGAAGACGGUGCACUGCCGCAAGUACGGCGUCGCCGCGGGCUGCUUCGCGCACCACGAGCAGUCCCUGCUCGUCGCCGGCGCGGGCGGCGACUCGACGAUCCGCCACCUGUCGCUCUACGACAACCGCUACGUCCGCGCCUUCGCGGGCCACGACGCGCCGGUCACGUCCGUCGAGCCGUCGCCGGCCGACGACACGUUCCUGAGCUGCGGCGCCGACGGGCGCGUCGUCCUCUGGGACCUCGCGCGGCCCCAGGCCGCCGUCGCGGCGCUCAAAUUGGACCGCGCGUGGGCCGACCGCAAGGCCGACGCGGCGCUGGCCGCGCAGGCCGCCGACGGCGUCGUCUUCGCCGUCGGCGCGUCGUCCGCGGACCGGCGCGACGGCGGGCUGGUCAAGGUCUACGACGCGCGCAAGUUCGAGGGCGGGCCCUUCGCGACGUUUUCGCUCGACGGCGCGGCCGCGCGCGCGUGCGCCGAGGCCGGCGGCGGCGACGGCUCCGUCGGCGACCGCUUCGCCCGGGGCCGGUGGACGUCCCUCGAGUUCUCGCCCGACGGCGACAAGAUGGUCGUCGCGACGGACGGCGGCGCGCACCUCGUCUUCGACAGCUUCGAGGGCGACGCGAAGCUACUGCUCGAGGGGCCGCCGCAGUCGCCGGACUUCGCGACGACGGCGACGUUCACGUCCGACGGCUACUCCGUCGUCGCGGGCUGCGAGGACGCCAAGAUCCGCGUCUGGGACGCGGAGAAGCGCGCGCGGCCCGCGGCGCUCCACGGCCACGCGGGCCCCGUGCGCCACGUCGCCUGCUCGCGGAAGUACGACGUCCUCGCGUCCUGCUGCGCGUCCGCCGUGCUCUGGCUCGCGGACUAA